AAUCGAGACUCUCUCUCUCUCUCUCUCUGUCGCGCUCUCUCCCUCUAACUCCUCUGUCUCUCUGUGGCGGUGGGCGAGUGGAUAUUUGGUGGACGUUCGUUGAUAGGAGCUACAGCAGACCCCGAAAAACGAUACCACGCACUUUCACGCGCCACCACGAUGGCGUAUCAGUCCCUAUCCAUCUCUCUAUCAGCUUGUACCCCGACAACGGCGGGUUUAGCCGCCUCGCCUCCUUUAACCUCAUCCACAUUUAGGGCCUCCUCUUCAAACACCUGUUCUCUGCUGCCGCCUUUGAAUUGUUUCUAUAGAACCCAUACCGCGAGCGUGACGCGUGGCCGGCGGAGGUCAUGGAUUGUGGGUAUGGCUCCGGAAGAAGAGAAGAUGACUCGCCGUUCUCCUCUUGAUUUUCCAAUCGAGUGGGAAAGGCCGAAGCCUGGAAGGAGACCUGACAUUUUCCCUCAGUUCAGCCCAAUGAAAACUCCAUUACCCCCACCGCUGCCAGCUGAUCCUCCAGAAGAAGAUGAAGAAGAGGAAGAAGAGAAGAAAGAAGAAGAAGAGGAAAAUCCUGAGGAGGAGGAUCCAGACAAGCCAGAGCAGUAGCAUUGAUCAUUUUGCAUUUGAAGAGAGGCUCUAACAUGAGAUAUUAGAUGGCUUUACGUGGUGCAACUGGUAGAAAUCACGCCGUCUUUGUUUUGAGUCUCACAAUGGAUAUGAGAUAUAUAGUUGAAUGUUAUGCAGGAUCCGGAUCCUAUUGUAGACAACUUACUUUUGUUCAAUUUCAGUGAGCAAUGAGGUUUAGUACUCCGAUUUUUGCUAGAUUCUUUUGAUUAUGUGAUUCUGAAAUUUUGCUGUGGGUUAUUUUUCCAAUUUCUUA